GUGAAAUGGGUCGAGGGUUCUUGGCAUUUUUGUCGGACUUGACUGUUUGUUUGGCGUGUUCUUCCUAAUUGUUUGUUUGUUUGUUUGUUCAUAAGUUGUUUCUUUGCAAAUUUGAGAAAUUUGAAGACAUUUUUGCGUAUGAAUGUAUGAUGUAUAUAGCGGUCGAAAAACGCCUAGCCUGUGCAGACAAGAGAAACAGCAACGUACACUGUACACACAACGAAACUCGUUUAAUUCUUCAGAACACAAAUGCAGCUGUGCAAAUUAGCACAUAUGAAGUUGUCUUGCACUUGGUGGAAAUAAAAGACAUAGUUUAAUUUCGACCACCAUCUGCUGUCUUAACGCUUUCAAAACCCGCCAAUAGUCAGUUGAAGAAGAAAAAACAGCUUUUAUUUCAGUGUAAUUGAUUCCCCUAACACAUCGAAAUUGAAAAUCUACACAAGGAAUAAUUAAGUACAUUAAUAAAGUUCAAUGCAAAUUUUAUCGAUAAUUAAAAUGUAAAUUAGCAGAACUCACUCAUGCGGUCAAGACCAGAUCAAUAAGAGCUACGCCAACGAAAUCACUCUUUCGAAAGGGUCAAAAUAUUGUCAUUAAAUCUUCUAAAUCACAGCCUAUGCCGGAAUUAAACUAAACCCAAGCAUUACAAUAAACAGAAAAGCUAAGAUCAGAGUUGGAUUGUGAACUUGUCGAAGAUAUUUCAUUUUGUUUACGCGCGCAUUAACGUGAAGCUUAUAGCGUUUGCUGACGCAGUUAAUUUACUAUAGCACAAUUAGAAUCCCGAACGUCAAACAAGAAACUCAAACAAGUUUUAUUAAAAUUCUCGCGUUGUUUGCGUGGCCAUUUCUGUUGUCUGGUAUAUGAAACGUGUUCGAAAUGAGGCUUGAACAUGGGUUGUGGCGCUUCGAGUGAAAAUAAUGCAUCUGAAGCGGGGAACACUUCAAACCAGCAAGAAACCGGAGCAAAAGAUGUCAAUGUGCCGGCCCAGGAUUUUAAAGAAACUAGAACAUUAAAGACAGCAAAUAAUGUUAUCCUCGAAAGUAAUGUUAUAAGCAGCGAUAGUAAUUUAAUAUCGCCGCAAGAAUCACUCGAAAUACUGAUCCCAAAGCCAACUAAACCAAGAAAUUCUGGAGGGAAAAAGAGCUCGAUAAAAUCUCAUGAACGAAAAUCGAAGGAGCUCAAACAAGUCCAAGCUUGGGGUAAAAAGACUUCUACGACAGAGACAGACUUUCUUGAGGAUUUACGGACACAACGAAGAGAAACUAAUCCAUUUUAUGAACAGGAGUAUGAAAUUAGUGAAGUCGACGAGACAGCGAGGUUUAUUGAUGGUGGGGAUAGUGGGAUGAUCAUUGAUGAUGAUUCGUCAUUAAGUGAGAUUUCUAAUUCAGAUUCUUCAAAUCAAGUAUUGAAAAUUUAUAAAGAGGUUGGUGAAACCAGAUCAAUAAUAUUGGCCACCUCGGAGUUGAUCGUACAGUGGUAAUGCAUGAGCCAAGUUUUCUCUCGGUAUCAAUAUAGGAUCGCCUUUACUGGACGUCUGAAGCUUGGGUUACACUAUCAAAGUUUCUGUGAUCACAGUUGGAAUUUUGCAUAGGUAAAUGCUAAAAUUUGAAGGAUUUGUAAGCAAUGUUUGAGGGAGUCAGUGUUAACACACAAGUCAGUUCCAUCAAAACAUUUCUUACAAAUCCUUCAAAACUUAGAGUUUACCUAUGCAAAAUUCCUACUGUGAUAAUAGUGUGAACCAGCCUCAAGGGAGAAUAAUUUAGAACUUGUAGGGCUACCCAAUACGACCUGAGGACGCGUCCGUAAAUCACUAUGACGACGGCUUCCUCAAUAAAGAUUCAAGAUUCUUCCAAAUGAAUAUCUUCAUCCAAAUGAAGAUUUCCCCAUUUGUUAUUUAGGGUGAUCACGAGGAAAGCUUUGAUGUCUCCAAAAUAAUCGACGUAGAAAAAUUCAGAGCCGCUAAUUUCAACGGCGAGAAACGAGACAAUGCCAACAAUAAUGAAGUGGGAUUAAGUUUGAAAACAAAACUGACAGGAGAAAGUCAAAGAGUAAACAGGUACAUAAUACUUUAAUAGUGCAUAUCAACAUAUCGUGCAGCAGCUGCUAGUCAACCUGCACUAGAGUUAUCAGCGUGAAAAAAUAUUAUUCUUUUGAAAAAAUAGUAUACUUCAUUUGAUCCAUUGGGUGGAAAAUAAAUGGAGAUUUUGUUGUUUUUUCUUGCUGCUAAAAGCAUGAAGCGUCACCUACUGUCCCGUUUACUGAAACCAACAAACAUCGUCAGGGCAGGAAAAAAGAAUUUUCUUUCUGGGAGCACAACCUGGAGACAAAAAUUUCCUGCAGACCAACAGAGUAUUUUUGUGCUAAAUCUGCAUGUGCAUAAACGUAUAGUGUUCUAGCUGACCAUGGUUUUAAAUUCAAGGAAUAAUGUCUGUCAACCAUAUGUUGUUGCGCCCAUAGUGGGACAUGGGUGUUAAGGUUUCCUUCAAAUUUUCGAUAGCAAAUCUUCAUUCAAACAAAUUUCCUGCAGUGUUUAACAUUUCCUGCGAGCCUAUUUUUUCCGCCACCCCUGAGUAUCGUAUUUCUCUUCUCGCAUCUCCAGGUCCUACCAAGACGUGCAAGAAGACACAUCGAAUGAUGACUUAUACAACGAAGACGACAGAGACUUGAUUAAAAGUAUUGAGAAAGAAUUCUUGAUAACUCAGGAUAAUUUUCUGCCGGGUCAAAUUGUAAACUAAACCUUUUUAAAACGUUCGUUCAUUAAAUGCACAGUUAUUGCGGGAAUGUUUAUAUUGGGUUGAUCUAUCUAUGGAAAAUGAAUCUGUAGGUUUAAUAAUGCAACCAUUUUUAUUUCAGAUAUGAAAAGCUAGUUUCAUAUUUUUGUGUGUUUUGAUGUUAUGUACUCAGGUGAACAUAAUGUUUUUGAUGUUACUCUGAGUGUAUAUCCACACUGGGCAGGCUGAAAAAUAUCAUGAUCAUAGAACACAUUGGUAUUGAAGGUACUAGACUUAGUUCUGAAAUACCACACACUCGAACAGACUUGACCUGGUAGCUCAGUUGGCACAGCAUUGGACUGCUAUCCUAAAGGUCGAAGGUUCGAUUCCCACCGUUGUCAGGCAAACUUUUCAGCUUGCCCAGUGUGGAUAUACACUCAGAGUAACAUCACAAGCAUAUUAGUUUCAUAUUAUUCUUAUUCAUAUUAGAACAAAUGAACAAUAAACACUUUUAUUCUUCCAAUGAGACUAAAGCAUUUUGAAUAAUAUUCAUUUCUUGCUUUAACAAUGCUAUCAAUUGUCCCAUUCUCUCUGAUAAACAAUCAUCUCUGUCAUCAGGACUUGACCAAAUCCUUGCAACAUCCUUACGAUACCCAACCAAAAUGAACUUCAAAAUUUCCUUUGAAAAUACCCGAACUAAAUUUUCGUUUUCAGUUGACAAUUGUAAAGAAUCAAUAUGCAAAGAUUUUUGCUGAAUGAUCGUUUCAUUUGAACUUAGUAUUUUCAAUGCUGUCUCUAAGCUCCAUGACAAACCAUUUGGUGAACAAUAAUAUGUAUCUUCCAGGUUAUAUUUUCUGAUAAUAUCAUGUUUUCUCUUAGAUAUGUGCCCAUAAUGUUUAGAUACAACCUCGUAAACAAGUUUGGGAUCAAUUUUGACAGAAUUGUGGCAAUUAUAAGGCAGAAUAAAACCAUACUCUGCAAGGAGUUUUCUGUUGCUGUGAGGGCCAUAGUUUAUAAAUACCUGGUCACCUUUCUUAAAUCUCGUUUUGGUAAAAAUCUGAUAAGAUUGCUCCAUCUCAGAAAAACCUGCCUCAACCUAAAAAAAUCAAGAA